CAUGACGAUCACCAGGACGCCAACUGGGAUCCAAUCAGCUGACCCAGAGUGCUUGUAUGACCCCACGGUGCUCGUUUGCAUGAUCCAUAGUGCUUACAUGACCCUCAGUUCUGGUUUAGAUGUGCACCAUAUGAGGAAAGAUUACAUAGAUAAUUAGACCAUACAACCCCUUGAGUCCAAACGGAGGCCAAUAGAAAGAGUACAAGUUUGUCCAGAACUCUCAUAAGCAAAUGAAGGACGGAAAGGAAACUGAUCCAUGGAAGUUAUCAUUAUACAAUCUUUGCAAAUGAAUCUGGUUAUUGACAAUGUGUAAAAAAAAAUGUAAAAGUAAGGUGGAGUAUGACAAUGCUUGAAAGGUAUAAUAAACACACGUGAUGACUAGUAUGCGAUUCUUGAAAUAUAAAACUUGUAUUUAAGUGUAAAAUCCCCAAGAACAUCGCAGUUGACAGCGUGUGUGUUCAUCUAUAAACAACACAAAUAUGGUGAGAAUCACGCUAGAUAUGGUUCGGAAGCGCGCCGAGCAUAAUGAAGGCCACGUGAGCACGCUAGAGGAGCUUUCCCUUCAUCAGCAGGACAUUGAGAGAAUUGAGCACCUCCAUCGAUGGUGUCCAAGGCUUCGCAUUUUGUAUUUGCAAGGGAAUCUCAUCUCCAAAAUCGAGAACGUGGGUCGGCUGCGUGACCUGGAAUACCUGAACCUGGCCCUUAACAACCUGGAGCGGGUGGAAGGUCUAAGCAGGUGCGAGUCACUACGUAAAUUGGACCUCACAGCUAAUUUCAUCAUCGAUCUGACCUCCUUGACGAGUCUUCAGGACCUGCCGUGCCUUGCCGAACUACACAUGACGGGCAAUCCUUGCACGAGUUACCGCGGCUACAGAGCUUGGGUCAUCUGUGUCCUACCGGGCUUGGAGGAGCUAGACGGGGCAAGGAUCACCAGAUCAGAAAGGCUUCGGGUCCUUCAAGAGUUUUCCGAAGCCGCUGCCACUGUCACGGUUGAUCAGGAACUGGCUAUGGAGAAGCGAAGUAAGGAGCGGGAGAACUGCGAAUGUGAGAUGGAGAACAGCGACGAGGAGGACGAGGAAAACGACGAAAAGUGGUGGAAGGGCGCAAGUAGCCACACUCCUGAGACCCGGGUAGCCAUGCACCGCCGCCUCGCCCGCCAGAGGGACCGCCAAAAUACCUCUCGUACUCCCCACGAGGACAUCAGGAAGCAGCGGCGUGAGGUUCGUCUUUUCACUGCUGACGGGCGCCCCCUCAAUGUCAACGCUGCCAAGCUCACGUUCCAGUUGACCGAGGACGAGGAAAGCAACUGUUUCGUCCUCGAGGUGAACACAUACAGACACCUGGACGCUUCCUUGGUGACGUGCAACGUGGAGCCUUGGUACGUGCGGGUCACAGUGAAGGGGAAGGUACUGCAGCUGGUCAUGUUGGAAGAGGUCAGGCCGGGUCAAGCCACUGCCCAAAGGUCCCAGGUUACCGGCCACCUCGUUGUCAAGAUGCCUAAGCUUGCGCCUCCCCGCUUCCCGUCAUCCGCCAGCAAGCCGGAGAAGAUCAUGCCGGUGACCCGUUCCUCUGCCUUCUCUUCCUCUGCAUCAAGCUUCGUGCGUCCAUCAAGCCCCGAGCCGCGAGAGACCUCAAGGCAGAAGGAGCAGCAGUCCAGCCACUCCAAUUACCUAGAGGUCACGGAGAGGAAGUCAAGUGUCGAUUACACCAACAUCGUCAGCACAGGCAGCGUCAGCAGCGGGCAGCCGUGUGAGACGCGGUGCUCUCUUGUUCCUGCCAGACCUAUCUCCCCAGACUUUGUGGAUGAUCCUUCUGUUCCGCCGCUUGAGUAACAUCGUCAGUUAGUCGUCAGUUUGUCACUUUUGUAACAUUCAAAGCCGUGGCUGUAUAAAGAUAAUCUGGCUCCCUGUU